AUGUCCUCGGAGCUGUUUUCGAAGAUUGUGGAGAAGCUUUCAAGCGAAUACUUACAGGGAAAGGACAUUCAUCUGAGGGCUGCUGAACAAGAAGAUGCCGAAUUGAGGAGCAAACAGGACAUCAUCAAGUGCUACUAUGAGGCUUUGCAUUUGAUGCAGCGACCACUAAGCGGCAGAAUACCACAUAUUUUCGCAGCUUCGCACCCGAGCGAGCGAGUACCGACUUACACGGUAUUCGGUGGCCAAGGCAACACCCAGGAUUAUUUCACGGAGCUACGAGGUCUAUAUGCGACAUACGGGUGCUUGUUGGACGACAUCAUCGAUUUCGGCAGCAUGAUAUUCGAGCAACUCCUAGGCGAAGAUACAGUGAUCGAUCAAUACCCACUCGGCCUGGACUUCGCCAAGUGGCUGAAAAAGCCUGAGACUACACCGGACUCGGAUUAUCUACUUUCAGCACCCGUGAGCUUCCCACUGAUUGCACUUGGACAGCUUGCCAGCUUCUAUAUCGCUUGCAAGGUCUGGGGCUUGACACCCGGAGACGUUAUCGAGAACUUGCAGGGCUCGACUGGACACAGCCAGGGCAUCAUCGUGGCUGCAGGUUUAGCUACAUGUAGGACCUGGGAUGACUUCGAGGGCACGUUUCGAGCAUGUCUCGUUGCCCUGUUCUUUACCGGAUGUCGUUCUCAGCAGCAGUUUCCACAUAAGACUUCAUGGCAAAAGAUGGUCCAGGACGAUGCUGAGUCUGUGGAAGAGCCGACGCCCAUGAUCAACAUCAAGCACCUUCCACGCGCAGAGCUGGAGAAGCAGGUGAAUGCUUUCAACCACCAUUUGCCUCGAUACCAGCAUGUCGCAGUUGCGCUUGUCAAUGGACCGGACAACAUCGUGUGCGGUGGCCCGCCAGAGUCACUGAAGAGCUUCGUGUCCUGGUUGGAAGAUGUGAAGAAGUCACAGCAAAAGAACAAGCCGCUCAGCGGGAAGAUCUUGGAAACUCGCUACCUGCCCAUCAGUGCGCCAUUUCACACAUUCUAUCUCGCCGACACUCGCGAAAUCAUUGUGGAAGAUAUGGUGCGUCACAACAUCAUUAUCAAGCCUUCCGAUCUCUUAAUCAGCGUUUACGACAGCAAAACUGGUCGUGACCUGCGCGAAGUGGAAGAGGAGGCGCUUUUCCCGAUCCUCACGUCGGCCAUCACAACAGAAAUGGUGGACUGGCCUGCCGCUACCACUUUCCCUACCCGAUCAUGCAUAAUAGAUUUCGGUCCGGGCGAGACCAGCGGCGUUGGUACGCUGCUGCAUCGGUCUAAGGAAGGUACUGGCACUCGCGUCAUUCUUGCUGGUCCCUUACAAGGCAACAUGCCUCAUGUGGGCUACAAGCCAGAUCUCUUCGAUGCGCCGUCUGCAGAUUCAAACCAGAGAUCAGCGGACUGGCUGCGCGAUUUUGAGCCCUCCUUAUUGACUGAUGCAUCCGGGCGAACGAUAGUCAGCACCAAGAUGAGCCAGCUUCUCGGAACACCACCUCUAAUGGUUGCUGGAAUGACACCGACAACCGUUCACCCCGAUUUUGUUGCUGCCGUCAUCAACGCCGGAUACCACUGCGAACUGGCUGCUGGUGGCUAUCCUAAAGAGGAACUUCUCGUGAAAGCAAUUCACACCAUUGAGCAACUUAUUCCUGCCGGCAAGGGCAUUACAAUUAAUCUGAUCUACUCUGCGCCUCGACAGAUCGGAUGGCAGAUUCCCUUGAUCAAGAAAAUGAUACAACAAGGCACACUGAUUGAUGGGAUCACCUUUGGUGCUGGUGUACCGUCUAUCGAAGUCGCUACAAACUACAUCACGGAUCUCGGCAUCAAGCACAUCUCGUUCAAACCUGGAAAACGUCGAGGCUAUCCAUGGACUGGAGGUCGAGGAGGCGGUCAUCAUUCGACCGAAGAUUUUCAUGCACCCAUACUUCAAACAUACGCUGCCAUUAGGCGUUGCCGUAACAUCAUACUUGUGGGCGGUUCAGGAUUCGGUGGAGCUGAUGAUACCUAUCCAUAUCUUACCGGCUCGUGGGCUGCUAAGUACAACCAGCCACCUAUGCCUUUCGAUGGCAUUCUGUUCGGCUCGCGCAUGAUGGUCGCCAAGGAGGCGCAUACCUCGCUUCAAGCAAAACAAGCAAUUGCUGCCUGCCAAGGAGUUGAAGACAGCAUGUGGCAAAAAUGUGCUGGCAUCAUCACUGUCAAGUCGGAGAUGGGUCAACCUAUCCACAAGAUCGCUACUCGCGGCGUCAAGCUUUGGGCUGAAAUGGACAAAAACAUAUUUUCGCUUCCGAGGAACAAACAGGUAGCUGAACUUCAGAAGCAGAAGAGCCACAUCAUAGAACGCCUCAACAAAGACUACCAGAAAGUCUGGUUCGGCUACGAUUUCGCCCUUGGAAAGGCUGUUGAUCUCAAAGAUAUGACCUAUCAAGAUGUUGCUCGUCGCAUGGUCGGACUACUGUACCUCAACAAGCGCUCGCAGUGGAUUGAUCCAUCUUACAUCCGCAUCUUUGGAGAUUUUGUCCGUCGCAUAGAAGAGCGUUUGCCUCUCUCGAAUGCGGAGUUGACACAGCCCAUCUUUACCAGCUACGCUGAUUUUGACGAGCCAUUCGAAGCAUUGGCGCCACCCUCGGGUACGCUUAUCAGGACCAGCAAGACCCCAGCUUAUCAACCAGGAAGAUCCAGGACUACUUUCUUGCCAUCUGCCGCCGCCCAGGACAAAAGCCAGUACCUUUCAAUUCCUAUUCUCGAUGCCAACUUCGAGACAUGGUUCAAGAAAGACUCACUUUGGCAAUCAGAGUUCGUUGAUGCCGUCGUUGAUGAGGAUGUGCAGCGAACCUGUAUCCUACAAGGUCCUGUUGCCGUCAGAUAUGCGACUCCGCAGAACAUCAACGAGCCGGUGAAGGUAAUCUUGGAUCGAAUCAACGAGAGCCAUCUUGACUGCAUCCUUCAGCAGAUAUACGGCGGCGACGUGAAGGCCAUACCCACUGUCGAAUUCUUCGGUCAUCAAGCUACCCAUAAGUCUGCUCGCCAGCAAGGUUUGUCAAUUGUCCUCGAGCCAAACGCGACUACAUUCAAGAUCCCUGCUGAGCUCAGCGAGCUGCCUUCGCCCGACGAGUGGUUUGACCUUCUUGCUGGAAAGAAGCUCUCUUGGCGCUAUGCUCUCUUCAAGAGCAAGAGUGUAAUGAGUGGACAGAGUAUGAUUCCGAACCCGAUCAGACAAGCGUUUUCACCCGCGCACAAUCUCUCCGUCAUGAUCACGGACAAGCUUCGUCACAACUAUGUCUCUAUCACCAUGAGCAGCGACGGUACAGUUCAGACUGAUCUCUCGAUUGCGACCGAGCCUGGCAACAAGAUCAUUCUCCGCAUGUACUGCUACCUCAACGCUGGAAGCGAGCCACUGCCAUUGGAAUUCCGCUUCUCAUACCAUCCUGAGACGCCUCAUGCACUACUGCAUGAAGACAUUGAGGGACGUACAGACAGGAUCGUCGAUUUCUAUAAGAAGCUUUGGGUCGGGAAGACUUACAAGACUCCUGUCCUACCCAGUGGUCGACAGUCUUACAAGGCUAACGGUGGCGAGCUCACGAUCACAUCGGACAUGGUCGAUAAAUUCAUGGCAACCAUUGGUGGCGGCAUGCGACGCGCGGACAAAGAGGGAUUAGUGCCCAUGGACUUCGCCAUCGUCGUAGGCUGGAAGGCUAUUAUGAAGGCCCUUCUUCUGGUUCAUGCUGAUCUCCUCAAGCUAGUACACUUGUCCAACAAAUUUCGGAUGCACCCUGGAGCCUCGCCCUUGAAGGUCGGCGAAAAGACAGAAAGCUUUGCGCGAACCACUUCCAUUACCAUAUCGGAUACUGGCAAGACUGUCGAGGUUUGCGCGACUAUCAGCAGGAACCAUGUGCCAGUCAUGGAUGUUAUAUCCGAGUUCUUCUACCGUGGCACUUACACCGACUUUUCCGAUUGCUUUACAAACAAAAAGGAAGAUCUUCGAGAAGUCAAGUUUUCAUCACCAAGCUUGGCUAACCUCCUUCUGUCAAAAGAAUGGAUCACCUGGAACGAGUCUGUGGAAGUCGAAGAGCUAGCCGAGAAGACACUGUUCUUCGAGCUUGAUACUCAUUCAACAUUCAAGGCCAAGGGUGUAUACUCCCGCCUUCGCACAAUUGGUAAGGUCUUCGCGACUUCCAAGGGCAUGAAGGGCAUGGAUGAAAUUGCGACUGUUCACUAUGACUCGCUCUCUGCGUCUACGACCAACUCCACGACCAAUCCAGUGCUGGGAUACCUCGAGCGCCACGGUAAAAUCGCCAGCAAGCGUGUGCCGCUUGAGCGUCCAGUCUGCCUCGAUAAUGCCGAAGACGGCUUCACCUUCUCUGCCCCUGCAAGCAACGCCGAGUACUCAAGGAUUAGUCUAGACUAUAAUCCCAUCCACGUCUCGCCUGCCUUUGCCAAGUAUGCCGGCCUCCCGGGUCCCAUCACGCAUGGCAUGCACACUUCAGCAAUCAUCCGCUCCAUCGCCGAAAUGCGCUGCGCUGAGAAUGAUCUGGGAUCUAUGCGCAAUUUCUCGGCUAGGUUUGUUGGCAUGAUCCGAGGUGGCGACAGUAUCGAAGUGCACCUUGACCAUGUAGCCAUGCUUGGCGGAAACAAGAUCAUCAAGAUUGAGGCGCGCAAUGCAGCAAGUCAAGAAAAUGUCUUUGUUGGAGAGUGCGAGAUCGAGCCUAUUGAGACAGCAUACAUCUUCACCGGCCAGGGAAGCCAGGAGAUGGGCAUGGGCAUGGAUCUGUACGAGACAUCGCCUGCUGCGCGUGAGGUCUGGGAUCGUGCUGACAAGCACUUUGAUGAGACAUACGGUAAGUCUUCCACCAUUGACGCUAUUCGACAGAUAUAUACUAACAAGACAAAAGGGUUCCGCAUCUCUGAUGUUGUCCGCAAGAACCCGAAAGCCCUCACCGUCCAUUUCGGUGGUAAGCGUGGUGCUGCUAUCCGUCAGAACUACAUGCGCAUGACAUACGAGGCUAUCAGCAAGACGGGUGUUAGGGAGACCAAGCGCUUCUUUGAUAUCACUUCCACGACUCCGAGCUAUACCUACCGUCAUCCCAAGGGUCUUUUGUUCUCGACCGAGUUCGCUCAGCCCGCGCUGACCGUCACAGAAAAGGCUGCCUUCGAAGACAUGGCAGAUCGCGGACUUGUGUCGGAUAAGAGCAAGUAUGCUGGCCACUCGCUCGGAGAGUACGCUGCUCUCUGCGCCAUCGCGGACAUGAUGCCACUUGAGCAAAUCCUGUCCAUCGUCUUCUACCGCGGCCUAAGCAUGCAGGUUGCUGUUGAGCGUGACGAUGAAGGGCGCAGCGAGUUUGGUAUGAUGGCCGUCGACCCUUCACGCGUAACAAAGGGCUUCAACGUCGACAAGCUCGAAGCCACCGUGAAAGCGAUCGCCAAAGAGUCUGGCUCGCUCCUUGAGAUCGUGAACUACAACGUCCAAGACAAGCAAUACGUCUGCGCCGGCACGCUGCGAAAUAUGCAAGCCCUCACACUUGUUUGCAACGACCUUUCUGCAAACACCACGCCGCCGCCAACCCUCGACUCGCUCAUCACCCGCCACGUCGCCAGCCUAGCGAACUCGGACGCAACCACCAUCUCCCUCGACCGCGGCAAGGCUACAAUUCCCCUUGCUGGAAUCGACGUGCCUUUUCACUCGUCUUUCCUGCGACCCAACCUCGCAGCGUUUAGGGAAGUGCUUGAGCAGAACAUCCGCAAGGACUGGAUGGAUCCUGAGAAGCUGAUUGGUCGCUACGUGCCUAAUGUUACAGCGAAGCCUUUUGAUAUUAGCAAAGAGGCUUUUGAAGAUGCGUAUAAGGCUACGGGAAGCGAGAGACUGAAACUUGUGUUGGAUAAUUGGGUUGGGGAGGUUGGUGCAAAGGCAUGA